GAGAGAGAGAGAGAGAGAGAGAGAGAGAGAGAGAGAGAGAGGGAUGAUAUUACCCGUUCUGUCAGGACAUUUAAUGCACCAAAAACCUUCCUUGUUAGGACGCUCAAUGGGAUGUCAGGACAAAUCAUUGUCCUCACUUCAACGGUUCUUAUUAUGAACAUGCUUUGAUCGUUUGACAUUUUGCAAAAUGAAAUUCCUUGAUGGGACACGUGUCCUUACAAAACCAUAUCUCACUCUCAUCACCAUAAAAUAUUAUAUGCAUCUGAUUAAGUCACUCUAGGAUAAGAUAUGAGAUGUUCCGAUUCAAACGGGUACCUUCUUUAGACCCACUCAUUUAGACGCUUAUUUACAACUGAAAGCCAUAUCAAGCGCCUGUCGAUGUGAGCGGGGAAAAAUGGCGUCAGGUAACAGAAAGCGGUGUUCAAGAAAAACACCAAACAAACACGCAGAGGAGUGGAUAAAGAGGGAGGAAGAUCCGCCAGGGUUUGCUGUAAGAUUUUUUGAAAACAAAGGUAGAGGCGUUAUAACUACUACUGCAAGAGAAAAAGGCGAAUUUCUACUGGUUUAUAGGGGAGAAGUUGUCACAAAAGAAGAAGGGGAGAGAAGAGAAGAAAAAGAUGGGGGAACAGGGUACAGAUUGUUUUACAAGGCUUCAGGAAAACAGCUUUGGUGAGAAAUCUUGUAAACUGUUGCUAUACUUUUAUGACUUUAAAAGUGCAUAUAACAUUCAUGUCUUGACUGUAACUUUGUCAUGCAUUGAAGAAUCUUAAAAUAACUUGCACAUAUAUCUACCAGAUCAUGAUGAUGUCAUUGUCAUGUUUAAGAAUCAUGUCCCUACUUAAAGAGGUCAAGGUCAAAACAGCCGUCAGAAGGUUUAAAUUCACUCAAGAGUUUAAAGGCUUCUAUAUUUGUUUCUGGCCUGUAACAUUGUUGUGCAUGGAAAGACUUUUAAUAUGCCUACAACAUCAAAAAAACAUGUUCUGUCCAAGAGCUAUGUCCAUUCCCCAAAAGUUAUGGUCACACUAACAGCAUUCAUUCCCACAAAAAAGUUUGAAGAUUGUGUCAGACUGAAACUUUGUCACACAUAGAAUUGUUUUGAAAAAAAACAAACUUGGCACAUAUGUCUACAAUGGCACGUCUAAGGCCAAUAUCUCUGCUAAAAAAGUCGACAAGGUCACACUUGAAAGGUUGAAGGUACUUAUAUGUAUCAGGGCUGUAGCUUGGUCAUACAUUGACUGGUUUUAAAAUAUUUUUGCAUAAAUUUCUCCCAAUUAAAGGCAACAUUUGUCCAAUUUUCCUACCUCCAAAGUUAGUGUCACUUAAUCUGAAGGUACUCUCACAUAAAGAUUUAUUUUAUACCUCUCUGAAAAAGAAUUUUGUUGUGUUGUUAGUUUGCUAUGAAAAGCAAUUUAUUACACAAAGUAUUAUUUUGCAAUUAUUACUAUUAUUUUCUUGCUAUUCUCUUUUAUUUUUAUAAUUUAUGUACCUUUAUGCAAUACAUUUAUGGGAGCAUUCUUCACUUUUGCAUGACAGCUAUUGCUAAUUACUUGAAUGCACCUUGAAGCAAACCCUGUCCAAAUUUGAAGAUGCCAGGUGUGAAACCAAUUAGGCGAAACAGUUUUUUGCUGAAAUUUAGAGUGAAAAUUGUUUAACAGUUAAUUCAUGAUUAUUAUGAUUAGGCUGUAGAGUGUGUGAUUGCACAGCAAGUUUUCUGUCACGUUUUGUCACUGUCGUUUAAGAUAGUAACUGAAAGUGAUGAAUCAAAAUGAUCAGUGCAGGGUUUUUUGUUUUGGAAAAGACACUAGACACUGGUAGGGAGGGGGAAAAGUAUGAGAAAGAAAUAAUUUGGGGACAAUGUUUGUGUUACCAGAAAGUCAAUGUUAUUCACACUAUAAUACCAAUGUAUAUAGAACAGAAUCAGAUUUGAAUCUCUUGUAAAAAUUUUAUCAUCAUGCAAAUUCUUUCCAUUCAUGAGGUUUAUAUUCCUCAUUAAGUCCCAGUAUCUUCAAAUUUGCAAUAAGAACUUCAUAAUUAUAUGUAUUGUGGUGAAGGUUUCUUGCAACCCCUCUGUAUGGAAUUAAAUGUAGGUAUAAUAGUACAUGUACAUCUAAUACCGACUUUUGCUCUGUGAAUUUAAGUCAAUUUUUUUUUCAGUCUCAGAAGCACUGAAUUCUUACUUGAAUAAAAAAAAAUAAGAACAUGAUAACAUAUUAAUACAAUUUAAUGUCUGGAAAUUGUACCGUUCAGUACAGAAUUUAGCCGAGUAAAAAUGGCAGCUUCCAUGUUGAGACACUACUUGCAGUUUCCUGCAAAAGUUUUGGUUAUUUUUUUACUACAAAUGGUUGGUUUUAUUGGCAAAAAUGCAAACAUUUAAUAUUUUACACAAUAAAAAUUUAGAAUUUCAAAAAGUUUUAGGAAAGAAUUGACUUUUGGGGUAGAAAUUGGCUAUUUUGCAAAGGUAAGACGCUGAUUAUAGGCGUCUGUUUGUUAGUAAAAAUAACCCUGUUACUACAUUACAUGGUAGGUCACAAAAUCAAAUUCACACAAUGCAUUAACCUUGAUUAACCUUUGUUUGCCUUUGAGGAUAUGUUCAGACAAUUUUUACAUCAAGAAUGAAAAGCUUUAUCACUCAACUGCACCAAAGACAUAACAUCAUCGUUAAAAAAGAGGUAUUAUUGUCGGGUGACUAAAUUUGACCCUGGCCUAGUGUCGACACCCUCACAGUUUAUGUCAAAAUGUUUCCACAAAUGUUAAUUUAGAAAAAAUAGCAUUUUUAAAUUUUAAAAACAUCAAAGUAAAUCUUAUGUUUUUAAAGUUUUAUGAUUAUAAAAUGCUUAAAUAAUUAGAAAAUUUCAUUGUUUUUUUUACUAGAACAGUAAAAUGCCUAGGGUAACAGCCUGUCGAGGAUAAAUCGUCAGGAGAUUGCUUUUAAUUGCUCUUAGUAUAUGCUACAUUUGUUUUUUUUCUCUGAAUUUUUGUAUUUAUGUGACAGAAAUAUAUUGCUUAUCAGGGCUGCAGAUAACAUGCGUAUUUGCGUUAUUACCCAAUUAAAAUGUCUAAAAACCCAAUAGAAAUAAUAACUAAGGGUAAGAAAAAGUAAAUGAAUUCUUAUUUAUACAAACUACAUUUGAACUGGUGCGUAAUGACGAAAAUUAUUACUUAACGCGUACAUCAAGCAGAUCAUACUGUU